GUGCGGAGAAGGGGAGGGAGGAGGAGGAGGGGGAGAGGGGGUGAGAGAGGAGGUGACUCUCCGGUAGCAUUUAGACUCAACGAAGGGAUCAUGGCGGAUGGCCCCAGGUGUAAGCGUAGAAAGCAGGCGAACCCGAGGAGGAACAACGUGACGAACUAUAACAAUGUGGUGGAGGCCAUCUCAGACUCAGAUGACGAGGACAAGCUGCACAUUGCGGAGGAGGAAGGCAGCCUGGUGGAUGUGGCUGACUGUGACAGCACCCUGCCAGAUGAAGAGCACCCCAGCGAGCACCCCAGUUGGGACCGAGUGAAGGAGGAUUGUGGGUCUGAUGAUGAGGAUGACAUGAGCACAGAUGCCCUGGUGGAGGAGAUGCUCCAGCAAGGAGACACAGCUGUCAUCUACCCAGAGGCCCCAGAGGACGAGUCACACCGACAGGACAACCCUAACGCUAGAGUCCAUGACGAGAAUGGUACUCCUGAUUCAUUCUCUCAGCUACUGACCUGCCCAUACUGCGCACGUGGUUACAAGCGUUAUAGCUCCCUGAAGGACCACAUCAAGUACCGGCAUGAGCAGACCGAAGAGAGCUUCAGCUGUCCUGAGUGCAGCUACAGCUUUGCAUACCGUGCUCAACUGGAAAGGCAUAUGACAGUCCACAAGGGUGGACGGGAUCAGAGACACACCACACAGUUGGGAGGCAAUCGUAAAUUCAAGUGCACUGAAUGUGGCAAAGCAUUUAAAUACAAGCACCAUCUGAAGGAGCAUCUACGCAUCCACAGCGGAGAGAAACCCUAUGAGUGCUCCAACUGCAAGAAGCGGUUCUCCCACUCAGGCUCAUACAGCUCUCACAUCAGCAGUAAGAAGUGUAUCAGUGUCAUCUCAGUUAAUGGCAAACCACACUUGGGGAACACUAAAACCCAGGGUUCAUCACCAGUACUGCCCACACGACCUUUAGUCCUUCACACCGUGAUUAGGGAGAACCUGGAGCAUGUCAAGCCCCUGCAGGAGCAGCUGCCCCUUAACCAGAUCAAGACUGAGCCUGUGGACUAUGAGCACAAGCCAACUGUGAUAACAUCCCCAACUGCGACUGCAGUUAAUGGUGGGGUUUUCAGCGGAGGUGCUGCAGCUCCUUUGCAGGGUACAGUGCAGGCUGUGGUCCUGCCCACUGUUGGGCUGGUGUCACCCAUCAGCAUCAACCUGGCAGACCUGCAGAACGCUCUCAAAGUGGCAGUGGAUGGUAACGUCAUUCGACAGGUGCUGGAAAACAAUGCCAAAGGCCAGGUUCUCAACUCAGGAUUAACCAGUGGAACCCCCCCACAGCAGCAACUCAUUUCAGCCAUCAGUCUGCCAAUCAUGAGUCAGGAUGGAAAUGCAAAAAUCAUUAUAAACUACAGUUUAGGACCCAGUCAGAGCCAGCUCAUAUCCCAAAAACUUAAGAAAGAGCUUGAGCCAGACUCACAAACUCAGACCACUACUGACACAUUCAAGUCCCUGAGACUCCCAGAAGAAUGUAUGAUUAAAAGUACCAGGCCCAAUGAGACUAAAGAGAAAGAGGAAAAAACCACUAAGACUUGUCUCUUGUGUGAUAACUGUCCUGGUGAACUGGAAGCAUUACAUGCCCUCAAGCACUGCAAGAAGAAUUGCCUUAAGUUAAACGAAGCAGGCCUGGAUAAGUCUGAGUCUGCGUUUGCUGCCCUGCUGUCAGAGGGAGGACUCUGCAACCAGCCCACCAACCUCUUGUCUCUGUUUAAGGCCUACUUUGCCUUAAAUGCAGAGCCAACAAAGGAUGAGCUGGCCAAGAUCUCUGAUUCAGUCAGUCUGCCAAUCCAAGUGGUUAAGACGUGGUUUGAAAAAAUGCAGGAGGGUCAGAUAUCACUGGGUGCCCCAACACCGCCCUCAGAGGAAGAGGACAUCUCUGAUGCUGCCAGUGUUGUGUCUCUGGCUCCAGGGAUGGACACAGCCACUAUGAGCCCUUCUGUGGCCCAGGACGGCCCUACAGAAGCCACCCUAGUAGAAGUCAACGGUGCUUACAGUUUGCCAGACUCGUUUUUGCCACUAAACCUGACAGUUGCCAGUCCUGUCCCAGUCCAGCCCCCCCAAAGCACUGACGGACCCCUAGACCUAUCACUACCAAAGCUCACCAGAGAAGAAGCAGAGAGAGUGGUGACUAAAGCUUGUGUUUACCCCUCCCCUUUCUCUGGUUCUAACCAUGAAGAUGAACCCCUGAACUUAAGUUGCACAAAAAAAGAGGCAUCACCACUCUCAGACAUGGGCUCCAACCAUUUUGCACUGUAUGCCAGCCAGCCAUGUGCCAAACCCCUCGACAUUGUGACUACAAUGCAAUGCCUGAGGACACUAGCUACAAGCAACAAACAGACUAUUCUGAUCCCCCAGCUGGCUUACACCUAUACCACUACAAUAAACAGCACCGUGGGGACCGAGAUGCACAGACCCAUCCGCCUCGACGGAUUGAAGGAGGAAAAACAGGACACAGGCUCAGGGAGAUUGUCUACAAUGGAGGAGCAGAAUGACUCAGACUCAGGUCCUCCGAGGAAGAAGAUGAAAAAGACGGACAGCGGCAUGUAUUCCUGUGACCUGUGUGAAAAGAUCUUCCAGAAGAGCAGCUCUUUGCUGAGACACAAAUACGAACACACAGCAGGUAUUACUCAACAUGCAUAGAAGAGGUCUGAGAAUUUCUUUCCACCAAAUCCCCACCUCUGCAUGGCCAGCUUCUCAUGUGGAGCACCAAAUGUUGCAAGAGGCGAGCUCUCAUAGUGAUUACUCUUAGAUGAUGAUAGCCAAUCUCAGGUCAGUGCUCUCAGUGGCAUUUUAGCUUUUUAUUACACUGAUAUCCGGCUUGCCGUCCCUGGUAGGCUAGUGGUUAAGGCGCAGCGCU